UCGUAAAAAAAAAUGUGGUAUGCGAAAAAUUUUCUUCAAUUUUUAAUUUUAAUUAUACAAGAAAUGUGGUACGCGAAGAAAUACGAUCCUCUUCAAGCUGGGAGCAUUGAUGGUACAGAUACCGUACCACACGAUCACGGAAUUUUGCGAGCACAGAACUCAAAUUAUGUGCCACCUUCGGACAAAGACGAUGUCACCAGUGAUCCAUUCCAUACAAUAUUUGUUGGACGACUAAAUCCAGAUACCACAGAAGAAACUUUGACGCAAGUUUUUGAGAAAUUUGGAACAAUCAAAAAGAUACGUCUUGUACGUAAUAUAGUAACUGGUGAUUCUCGUGGCUAUGCUUUUAUUGAAUUCACUCAUGAAAGGUCUUGUCAAGAAGCUUACAGAUAUGCAUACAAGAUGACAAUUGAUGGCCGCCAAAUUUUAGUUGAUUAUGAAAGAAGCAGAAUAAUGGAAGGUUGGAUUCCAAGACGAAUGGGAGGAGGUUUCGCUGGUCGAAAAGAAUCAGGUCAACUUCGUUUCGGAGCAAGAGAUAGACCGUUUAAACGACCUCUAAAUAUAGCCGUAAAUCAAUAUAUGCCAGAAAUUCUUCCUGAUCAGCGAUUCGAUGAUUGUUGGCGUCAUAACGCUAAUAGAAGAGGCACAAAUUCCUCUUCAUCUGCAACUCAAAAUUAUCGAUCUAUAUUUCAAUAUUCUAAGGAUUUACAUUUCAAUAGACAGGGUAAAUCAAGCAUAACUGGAAUAUCGAAUUAUAAUCCGCGAAAUAGUCCUGACGAGGAGCGAUUUACUUAUAAUAAACGUAAUGAAUCCCCAAGUCGGUUUCAUCACGAAAAAUCAAUUGAUUCAUUUUCUUCACGUCAUCGCGUUCAUACAAACGAAUUUCACCAAGCAGAAAACAAAUAUAAUCAAGAAAAGAAAUUCAGAAGGUACUCGAAAUCAAGAUCAAGGUCCCCCCCGAGAUAUCGGCAUAAUAAUCGAGAGAAAUCAGAAUAUAGAAGAUCAAGAAGCCGAGAUAAAAAUCAAGAUAGAUAUAUACAUAGCAAAGAAAAAUAUAAAAGUCACGAGAGGCGCAGAAAUAAUGAACAUCGCAGGUGACAUUGAUUAUGUCACAAUAGAAGUCAAGGUAUUAUCUUUCUUGGGCUAACUAUUUUUAGUAAUAAUUUGUAUAUCCUUUUUAGUAUAAUUGUUAUUCGAUGAUUAUUUCCUUUUUUAAACUAAAACUAACUAUAUUAAAUGUUAUAGAAUUCUAGAAUUCUAGAAUUUAAAUUAAUUCGGAAUUCUAGAAUUUUAAAGUAGAGCUUCUUUACAGAAGAUCAGGCUAAAGAUCAGGCUGAUCUGAACUUCAAAUAUGUUUAAUAUAAAAAAAUUUACAAUACCUUAUCUAAAAGAUAUUUAUAAAUAACUAAACAUAAUAUAAAUAUAAUAAUAAUACUAAUAUAAUAAUAAUAAAAUAUUACUGUACAAUAAAAAAAAAUUAUAACCA